AUGCGGGGAUGGCCCACUUGGCCCACGUCGGUGCUCACUUUUCGACAGAUGCUCUCCGGCUUGCCAGAUCGAACCACCAUGGUUUUUCGCCGGGCCGAUGAGUGGCAGCAUGACACUGUCGAUCUAUUCACUGAUGGCACAAUUGACAUCCCUGCAUGCCAAGCAACCCGCAUCGCUUCUUGGGCACUAGUGGCUUCGGGGCAUCGUACCCAUCAGACCUUGGAGCCGGUGGCUUGGGGCUGGGUACCGGGUCCACGGCAGACAGUCGUUCGCGCCGAGAUUUGGGCCCUCAUCAGUGCGCUGCGCUUUGUCCAAAAUGGCACCCACCGCUUUCGGAUUUGGACGGACAACGAGGAAGCGGCCACCGCCAGGCGGGAGUACCAACUCCUACAAUCAGGGACUUCGAGUGUUUAUGCCCACUUUGUUCGUGUCGGCCUCAUGGCCCUACAGUGUAAGAAGCCUUUGCAGCAGUCUCAUGAUAAGCAGAUUAGAUGCCAGCAUGAGCACAUCGCCAUUGACACCCAUGCCUUCAGCCACUGGCUGAAAUGGAGUUCGCCGGACAAGCUGCGUUUUCGAGGGUUUGACAAGUUCAUUUCCUUUUGGACCAACCUGUCCGACUCGGCUGAGCCACCGCUGCUCUACGCUUGGCAUGAAUUGUUCAUAGCUUGGCAAUUGAAGACGGGAUCGAUUGGGGUCUCCCGCCUCAAGUCCGGCUAG